GAGGCGGGGACUAGGGGGAGGUGUUUGAACAUUAUUACCGGGUUGGGCGGGCCCGUCUGGGAGGGAUUUGUGGGCGAGCCCUGGGUCCCCCGCCCGCUUCGGAGAUGGAUGAGGACGGGCUUCCUCUCAUGGGGUCAGGCAUAGACCUGACCAAGGUGCCAGCUAUUCAACAGAAAAGAACGGUGGCAUUUCUAAACCAAUUUGUGGUGCACACUGUAAAGUUCCUCAACCGCUUUUCUACAGUUUGUGAGGAGAAACUGUCAGACCUUUCUCUUCGUAUCCAGCAAAUUGAAACAACUCUCAAUAUUUUAGAUGCAAAGUUGUCCUCUAUCCCAGGCCUAGAUGAUAUCACAUUUGAAGUUUCUCCUGUAAAUGCCACUGGUAUCACCAAUGAAUCACAUUCUGAAACCACUUCAGAGAAAUCACAGAACAGUUUACAAGACUCUGGACCACAGGAAAGUGAAGUAACACCAGAAAAUAUCUUAACUGUAGCCAAGGACCCAAGAUAUGCCAGAUAUCUCAAAAUGGUUCAAGUGGGUGUUCCAGUGAUGGCAAUAAGAAACAAAAUGAUAUCAGAAGGACUAGACCCAGAUCUUCUUGAGAGGCCAGACGCUCCAGUGCCUGAUGGUGAAGGUGAAAAAAAUACAGAAGAAAGUUCAGAUAGUGAAUCUUCUUUUAGUGACUAAGCUUAAUUUGAUAACAGUUACAUAUACACGUGUGGGUAUAUAUUUACAUUCUAUAAGACAGCCUGAACUUGAACUCUUAGUCGUAAAAACAUCAAAUGGCCAUAUAACAACCACCAAACUCCCUCUAUGUUAAAAAAUAAAAUAAAAUAAAGCGUUUAUAAUCUGGCAGAA